CUUUAAAUUCUUCCUGGUGUUUUUCCAUUAGGAUGGAUCAGCAGGGAGCAGAAUGUCCAGAGUUUGAACCCAGAGGUCUGUCCUCCAAACCUGCUGCUGCAAAGAGAACUGUCCAGAAGAUCUUAACAGGUCCCGGAAGUUCAGCAGAAACACACCUGGACUCCAUCUUUCAGGAGCUGGAAAUCAAGAUGGUCACUUAUGUGAAAAACGAGCUAAAGAAGAUCCGACAGCUUCUCUGUUCAGAUUCUCCAGAAAACGUAGGAAGUCCAACGAAGGGCAAGGAAGUUUUAGAUGGAGUGGAUAAGGAGAAGAAGAGUAGAAGCAGAGAAGCUUUCCUGGUGAUGACCCAACACUUCCUGAGGAAUAUGAACCAGGGGGAGCUGGCUGAUCUUCUGCACAGUAAAAGGGAAGUUCACCAGCAACAGUUUAAACAUCACCUGAAGGAGAAGUUCCAGUAUGUGUUUGAGGGAAUCGCUAAAGCAGGAAGUCCAACCCUUCUGAACCAGAUCUACACAGAGCUCUACAUCACAGAGGGAGGUGCAGGAGAGGUUGGCGGUAAACAUGAGGUCAGACAGAUUGAAACAUCGCCUGGGAAACCAAGCAGACCAGAAACAACAAUCAGACAAGAAGACCUCUUUAAAGACCAACCUGGAGGAGAUCAACCAAUCAGAACAGUGAUGACGAAGGGAGUGGCUGGCAUUGGGAAAACAGUCUUAACACAGAAGUUCACUCUGGACUGGGCUGAAGGCAAAGCCCACCAGAACAUCCAGUUCAUAUUUCCAUUCACCUUCAGAGAGCUGAAUGUGCUGAAAGAGAAAAAGUUCAGCUUGGUUGAACUUGUUCAUCGCUUCUUUACUGAAACCAAAGAAAUCUGCAACUUUGAAGACUUCCAGGUUCUGUUUAUCUUAGACGGUCUGGAUGAGAGUCGACUUCGUCUGGACUUUACCAACACAAAAGUUCUAAAUAACCCUGAAAGGUCCACGUCAGUGGAUGUUCUCCUGACCAACCUCAUCAGGGGGAAUCUACUCCCAUUCGCUCGUCUCUGGAUAACCACACGACCUGCAGCAGCCAAUCAGAUCCCUCCUGCCUAUAUUGACGUGAUGACUGAUAUCGGAGGGUUUAGUGACUCCCAGAAGGAGGAGUACUUCAGGAAGAGAUUCAAAGACGAGGUGCUGGCCAGCAGGAUCAUCUCCCACGUCAAGAAAUCAAGAAACAUUCACAUCAUGUGCCACAUCCCGGUCUUCUGCUGGAUCACUGCUGUUGUCCUGGAAGAUAUAGGGAAAACCACAAAGAGCAGAGGUUUGCCUCAGACCCUGACUGAGAUGUACAUCCACUUCCUGGUGGUUCAAAUCAAAGUGAUGAAGGUCAAGUAUGAUGGAGGAAGUGAGACAGAUUCACCUUGGAUUCCAGAUAGCCGGGAGAUGAUCGAGUCUCUGGGAAAACUGGCUUUCAAUCAGCUGCAGAAUGGAUACCUGAUCUUCUAUGAAUCAGACCUGACAGAUUGUGGCAUGGAUAUCACAGCAGCCUCAGUUUACUCAGGAGUGCUCACCCAGGUCUUUAGAGAGGAGACAGGGCUGUACCAGGAGAAGGUGUUCUGCUUCGUCCAUCUGAGUGUUCAGGAGUUUCUGGCUGCUCUUCACGUCCAUCUGACCUUCAUCAAGGAUGGAGUUAAUCUGAUGGAAAAAUGCCCCAGUCAGGUAAAAGUACCUGAUCUAAAUAAUCUGUACCAGAGUGCUUUGCUGAGGGCCUUGGAAAGUCCUAAUGGACACUUGGAUCUCUUCCUCCGCUUUCUGCUGGGUCUUUCUCUCCAGAGCAACCAGUCACUCUUCAAAGGUCUGCUUGAAAGCACCACACUGAACCCAGAGAACAAUCAGCAGGCAAUAGAGAGUAUAAAGAAAUGCUUAGGAAAGGAUUUAUCUACCGAGAACAUGUUGUGUCUUUUCCAUUGCCUGAAUGAAAUGAAAUAUGGUGCCGUAGUGGAAGAGAUCCAGCAGCAGCUGACCUCAGGACAUUUCUUUGGAAAUCAGCCUUCUCAUACUGAAUGGUCAGAUCUGGUCUCCAUCAUUCUGUCCUCAGAAAGUAACUUAUGUGUGUUUGAACUGAAGAAGUAUCGUGAAUCCGAGGAGAUUUUUCUUAUGUUGUUGCCAGUGGUCAACGUCUCAGACACAGCUUUACUGGGAGGUUGUGAUCUCUUUUGGAGAACAUGUGAAGCCUUGUCCUCCAUUCUUAGCAGCCCUUCCUGUAGUAUAAGGGAGCUAGACCUGAGUAACAACAACCUGGGGGACAUGGGAGUAAAGCUGCUAUGUGCUGGAGUGAAAGGUCUACAUUGUAAACUGGAGAUUGUGAGAUUGAGUCUCUGCCAGUUGUCUCAUACGAGCUGUGAGAGCUUGUCGUCACUCCUCAGCUCCGAGUCGUGCAAACUGAGAGUUCUGGACCUGAGUAGCAAUGAGCUGCAGGAUGAAGGAGUGAAGCAGCUGUGUGUCGGGUUGGGGAGUCCAAGCUGUCCUCUGCAGAACCUCAGACUCGGUCUCUGCCAUCUGUCAGGAAGAAGCUGCCGAGCCCUCUGCACCGUCCUCGCCUCCCGUUGCUCACGUCUGCGAGUGCUGGACCUGAGCAACAACGAUCUGCAGGAUUCAGGAGUGAAGAUUCUGUGUGAGGGACUGGGCAGUCCAUGCUGUCAGCUGGAGUCCCUCAGCUUGUCAGGGUGUCUGGUCUCAGAGGAGGGCUGUGCAGCUUUGGCAUCUGCUCUGAGCUCAAACUCCUCCCAUCUGAAGCAGCUGGACCUGAGCUACAACCACCCAGGAAAGGAAGGAGUGAAGCUUCUCUCAGCUAGACUGAAGGAUCCAGACUGUGAACUGGAGACUCUCAGGGCGGAGCCUGCCGGAGUCCAAUGGCUGACACCAGGUCUGAGGAAGUAUUCCUGUCAGCUCACCAUCGACACAAACACAGUGGACAAGAAACUGGAACUCUCUGAAGAUAACAGGAAGGUGACCUACGUGGACGAGUUUCAUCCUGAUGAUAACUACAGCCGACUGCACUGCACUAAUACUCUGACUGGCCGCUGUUACUGGGAGUUUGACUGGGAAGGAGACGUUGAUAUUUCUGUAUAUUACGGAGAAAGAGAGGAAGACUGUGAGAGGGAGAUACUUGAAUGGGAGGAAGUGGCCUGGAGUUUGGGAUGUUCUGCUGAUUGUGGUUACUCCGGUUGGAAUAGUAGCCAAAGGAGUCAUUUAUUCUUCAGCGAGCAGCCCGUGUCUCACAGAGUGGCCGUGUACCUGGACUCCUCAGCUGGAACUCUGUCCUUUCUCAAUGUGGGCUCCGAUGGCCUGAGCCACAUCCACUCAUUCAGCACAGCACUCUCCGAACCGCUUCGUGUUCGUUUUAAUUUCUAUUUCUGUGCUUCUACGGCGUCCUCCAUAAGGACCCUCGGCCCACUCUGCUAGAGGAGCAUUUAGACUACAUUCGCAAAAUGUUUGCUACUGUUUUUGAUACAUCAGUUAUUCAGAAGCUAAACUUGUCAUUACAGCCACAAAAGUGUUAACUUUUCAUUUUUAAAUCUUGUUUUCAUCCAUUUAAAAAGGUUUUCAUAUUCCCUGCUUCUAAACUUUAAAAUUUGUCUUCUAAAUGUCCGAAGAUUUGAUGCCAUAAUGGAAAUAAACUGUUAAAU